CGGCUAGACUGACGGUUUGAAAAGCUGUUUUCAAAAACUCUGAUUGAGCUUUUGAAACUUUGUUGGUUUGUUGUCAGAGUAUACCCUACUCCAGUCGACGUCAAAUUUGCGGAUUGACCCGUACGAUUUUGACAAGAUGGCUGCCGAAAACGUCCCAUCCAAACAGGCCAGGAUCGACAGAAUAAAGGCCACCAUUCGGACCUGUCCGGACUUUCCAAAACCAGGCAUACCGUUCAAAGACCUUAUGCCGAUUCUACAUAACCCAGAUGUCUUCUCGGAUACCAUAGCUCUUUUGGAGGAACAUGUCAGAGAAACAGGGACCAAAGUGGACGUAGUCGCUGGUCUUGAGGCCAGGGGCUUUCUGUUCGGCCCACCGUUAGCCCUCCGUCUGAACUGUGCGUUUGUUCCUAUCCGGAAGGCGGGAAAGUUGCCGGGUGAAACUGUGAAGUGUUCUUAUGUACUGGAAUACGGACAGGACACUAUGGAGAUCCAGCAGUCUUCAGUCAAGCCGAACCAGAAUGUGGUGAUCGUUGACGAUCUCAUUGCCACGGGAGGUACCAUGGCUGGCGCGUGCAGACUGGUGGAGACUAUGCAGGCUAACGUGGUGGGGUGUCUGGCUGUGGUCGAACUGGAUUAUCUUAAGGGCAGGGAUAACCUUAAGUACGCCGUACACUCCCUCAUACACUACUGAAUUACAGGAUUGUACUUAUCUGCGUCUUCCGAUGUUUCAUCAAGACUUAUCCACCCACCAAAUAACAAACACGACCGUCUGUCACCUUCUCCAGGGCAAUUCUGACUGGUUCACAUUAGAUGCAUUGC